UGAAGCUAUUGUCAGUUGUAGCCAUAUUGGGUUGAUGAAAAUGGGCAGGGUAUCGCUGUCCAAAAUCAUAGCAAAUUGUCAUUAUUUUGUCCCACACAACGCAGGAAGAGGAUAAUAAAUCAUUAAGAUGUUGCGGCUAGCUUCAGGGACCUUCAGUCCCAGUUGCAGGUACUGUGUAGAGAAGCUUACAUCACGACAUGCAUCCCAAAGAUUGUCUCAGAAGCCCCUCCUACCAACCAACUCCAGAACUGCAUCUUCAUUACUUCAAUCAACCCAUCUGAACAGACAUCACACUCAACUCCUCUGUCAAUACUCCACAUUAGCGAGACCCAACUUGAGAAAUUUCAUGACUCCCACCAGCCGUAUUGUCCAAUCACAACAAAGAAACAUGAGUGUUUUGAGUAAGCUACGUCCGCUGUUGAAAAUUCGCUACUGGAUUCUUGGAGCAGGCAUUGGAGGUGGAUACAGUGCAAAAGUGACUUACGAAUCAUGGAAGGACAAGGUACCAGACAUGAGCUGGCUGGGAGAGUACCUUCCUGAUGCAGACACAGUCAGCAAGUUCAUACCUAAUGUAGACACGGACAAGUACAGAAAAUUCCUGCUGAAACUGAAGAAGUCCAUACCAGAGCUUCCAGAAACCCCAGACAUAGCCUCGUUAAAGGGUUACCUCCCUGAUGCAGACAAGAUGAAGGACUGGUCACCUGAUGUCACCAUGGACGAUUUCUCCUCUGUCUUCAAUGAAGGAGUUGCCACAGUGACAGGUAUAUUCAGCGAAGUCAAACGCAGCCCAAUUCCUCUUGGCUCAGUCCCUUUCAUAGACAACAGCAUCACUACAGGAGUCAUGACAGCCAUGAAAGUCAAUGCUGAGGGAAGUGAGGAGGAAUCAGCAAAGAAGAUGUCUGACAAAGAAAGACUACAAAAGAUACAAGAGGAGUUCCUUCAAGAGCAGCUGAAGUACCAGAGACAGUUGGAACGUCUGGAAAAGGAGAACAAAGAGUUGAGAAAACAGAUCAUGUUGAAGGGGGAUAAGGCAGUAUACAAGAGAAGAACAAAGAAAUCCCUGAUUGACAUGUAUUCAGAGGUGCUUGAUGAACUGUCAGAGUACGAUUCAAGUUACAACACACAGGAUGAACUACCAAGGGUUGUUGUAGUGGGUGACCAGAGUGCAGGGAAGACCAGUGUGUUAGAGAUGGUGGCACAGGCCAGGAUCUUCCCCAGGGGGGCGGGGGAGAUGAUGACCAGGGCACCGGUCAAGGUGACACUGAGUGAAGGUCCCCACCACAUAGCCAUGUUCAAGGACAGUGACAGGGAAUUUGACCUUACCAAAGAAUCUGAGCUGGAAGCUCUGCGGAGAGAAGUUGAGAUCAGAAUGAAAGCCAGUGUGAGGCCGGGACAGACUGUCAGCAUGGAGACUAUCUCCAUGAGUGUGAAAGGACCAGGGUUACAGAGAAUGGUGCUGGUAGAUCUGCCUGGGAUCAUCAGUACUGAAACCCAAGGCAUGGCCUCUGCCACCAAAGAGUCCAUAAAAAUGAUGUGUGAACACUACAUGUCCAACCCCAAUGCCAUCAUCCUAUGUAUUCAAGAUGGCUCGGUGGAUGCAGAAAGGAGUAACGUGACUGACCUGGUCAGUCAGAUGGACCCUCAGGGCAAACGCACCAUCUUCGUACUGACCAAAGUGGACCUGGCCGAGAAGAACAUUACCAACCCUCACAGAAUAAAACAGAUCCUGGAGGGUAAGCUGUUCCCCAUGAAGGCCCUGGGGUACUUUGCCGUGGUAAUGGGGCGGGGCAACAAGGAUGACAGCAUCGACACCAUCCGGGGAUACGAGGAGGAGUUCUUCCGCACGUCACAACUCUUCAGGUCAGGUGUGUUGAAGGCCAGUCAGAUGACCACCCAGAACCUGAGCUUCGCUGUGUCUGACUGUUUCUGGAAGAUGGUCAAGGCAUCGGUGGAACAGCAGGCUGACACGUACAAAGCGGCGAGGUUUAACCUGGAGACAGAGUGGAAGAACAACUACCCCAGCCUGCGUCAGCUGGACAGGGACGAGCUGUUUGAGAAGGGCAAGGGAGAGAUCCUGGACGAGGUCAUGAACCUUAGUCAGGUCACCCCCAAACAGUGGGAGGAGGCUCUAUGGGCCAAGCUGUGGGAACAGGCUGCUGAACACGUCAUUGAGAACAUCUACCUCCCGGCAGCUCAGACAGAAAGUGCAGGCCACUUCAACACCACUGUCGACAUCAAGCUGAAACAGUGGGCAGACCAGCAGCUGCCCAAGAAGAGUGUGCAGGUUGGUUGGGAGACCUUACAGGAGGAGUUGAAGUGUCUGAUGGACCGUGGGAGAGACGCCCAGAACCACGACGACAUCUUUGACCACCUGAAGGAAGCCGUAAUCAAGGAGGCCACCAGGAAACACAGGUGGCAGGGGGAGGCCGCUAACAGUCUGAGAGUGAUCCAGUUGAAUGCACUUGAGGACAGAUCCAUAGCUGAAAAAUCCCAGUGGGAUUCAGCGAUCAAGUUCAUGGAGUCAACCUUACAGGACAAGCUGUUUGAAACGGAGUCCAAGAUUAACCAGAUGUCGGGGCCAGGCUGGGUGGGUCGAUGGUUCAAAUGGCAGUACCAGUCUCAGGAGCAGGCCAAAUGUGCAGCCACCAAGACAGAACUAGAGAAGAUUGUUGCACUAGACGAGAAAUGGCCAGCCUACCAGGCCUUUGAGACUGGGUCUAUCAGGAAACACCCACCUUACCUGGCCAUGGAUGAAACGACAACCGUCAGGAAAAACCUGGAGGCACAGGGGGUUGAAGUGGACAAUGACUUUAUAAAGAUGACGUGGCAUGAAGUCUACCGGAGACAUUUCCUGAAGCAGGCGCUGGUCCGAGCCAACGAAUGUCGGCGAGGCUUCUACUACUACCAAAGGGGGAUCACAGACACUGAUCUGGAGUGCCAUGACAUUGUCCUGUUCUGGAGAAUACAGAAGAUGUUACAGUGCACCAGUAAUGCACUCCGACAACAGAUCAUGAACACCGAGGCCCGUAGACUAGAGAAGGAAGUGAAGCACAUGUUAGAGAACCUUGGUGAAGACCCACAGAAGAAACUGGGCCUUCUACAGGGCAGGAGGGUCACACUAGCUGAAGAACUCAAGAAAGUUCGGGGAAUUCAAGAGAAGUUGGAAGAAUUUAUUGAAGCCCUCAGGAAAGAAAAGUGAA